CAAAAUGGAUGGUUACGUUACGUAAGAUUCCUAUCUAUCGCAUUAUAAGGUUCAGACUUCAGACUUCCAAUGAUCAGUUGCUCUCCUCGAAAAACUCUCACUGUACAAACUUCAAACUAUGGACGAGUCAAAAACCCCCGACUCAGCUUCCCUACCCCGACCCUCUAAACCCACUAUUUCCAAACAAAAAAGCUCAUGGCCCUUCACUUUCUUAGUCACAGUAUUGGUCCCCGUUGUGGCGGCGACGUUGCUCUACCAACUCGACUCGUUCGACCCGGCUCCUCUGCCACCUGACGUGUUGACUCGGCACGUCAUAGCCGUGCCAGCACGUAACGACCACAUGCUCCGAGAGUCUGAGUUGGUGGGUGUUGGGAAUUUGAAAGCUCCAGAAGAUGUAGCUUAUGAUGCCAAGUCCGGAGUCAUCUACACGGGCUGUGCUGACGGGUGGAUCAGCCGAGUCACUGUAAACGACUCGGCGGCUGACUCGGUUGUGGAGAAAUGGGUCAACACCGGUGGGAGACCCUUGGGAAUUGCUUUUGGUCAAAACAAUGAACUUAUCGUUGCUGAUCCUCAAAAGGGCCUUCUAAAUGUGACAGCAGACGGUGUGGUGGAGCUGUUGACAGAUGAGGCUGAGGGACAAAAAUUCAAAACGACAAACGCUGUAGAUGUGGCACAUAAUGGCAUAAUUUAUUUCACAGAUGCUUCAUAUAAAUAUAGUGUAAGUAAGGCCAAUUGGGACCUUUUGGAAGGUAAACCCAAUGGUAGACUUUUGAGUUAUGAUCCAGCAACUAAAACCACCAAGGUACUGGUCCACAACCUCUACUUUGCCAAUGGUGUAGUAGUCUCACCUGAUCAGAAUUAUGUGAUCUUUUGCGAAACCCCAAUGAGAAGGUGUGGAAAAUAUCACAUACAAGGCAAGGAGAAAGGAAAAGUAGACAAAUUUAUUGAUUAUCUGCCAGGCUUGCCAGAUAACAUUCGAUAUGAUGGAGAAGGUCAAUAUUGGAUUGCAUUGUAUAGGGGACAUACACUUGAAUUUGAUAUAGCAUUCAGAUACCCUUUCAUCAGGAAGAUUCUAAUAAUCGUGGAGAAGUACAUAGGAAGACCACGUAUAGAGAAGAAUGGUGGGGUUUUGGCCAUUGAUUUGGUAGGAAAUCCCAUUGCCCAUUACUAUGAUCCUGGAUUGGCAAUGGUUUCAAGUGGGAUCAAGAUAGGAAAUCAUUUGUACUGUGGUUCAGUUGCCCUUCCCUACAUUAUUCGCCUCAACCUAAAACAAGAUCCUGGCCAGGCCGCCACAUGAGAAUUUGGUGAAUAAGACCAAGUACUUGUUGCUGCUGCACCCUUGAUGGUACCUUAAAAUAAUUGGGAUAUGCUGCCAUAGAUAAACUAAAACUCUAUAUGGUUUUUACUCUUGAUUUUGAGUAAGUAUCUCAUGAAACUGUCUAAUGGAACAACCCUCUCUCAUCUGGUGGAUGAAACUCGAGAGGUUGGAGGCUAUGUAUGUAUGUUUGGCUUAAUUGUCAUUAUUGUAAGAAGUAGAGAUUACUAGUACCUGUUUGAUAUUAUGCGUACCUGCAGUAGGAGAUAGAGUUUUAACUGUAAAAGCUUUUGUAACAUAAAGUUUUAAUUGAAAAACCCUGUAACAAUUUGAGUGUUUUAUGAAUUAAUAGUGAAUAGUGUUUUAAA